GUUUAAUGGUUAAAGUAUUGCAGAAAGUUCCACAGAAAAUUGCUGGAACUAAGAUUACAGUAUGUAUCGUCCAAUAGAUCAGUCUAUUUAUAAUGCAAAUUAUAGUAUGAAUGUUUAUCCAAAUUAUAUUUGUCCAAUCGGUACAUCUUCUGAUGUUACCAACGUUACAAUUACAAAUGAAAACCGAUAUGCUGACGAAAAGGAUAUUGAACAUAUCCUAGAAAAAGUUGACCUGCCUAAGAAUAUAAACGACCAGAAAAAACUUCAAAAACGUUCUAAAAUUGCAACUACCAAAGAUGCCAUAACAGCAGCAUAUAAAUUAAAUGAAAAAUUAAAAGUAAUUUGUGCAGAACUAAAAAAUGAUGAAAAUUUAUCAGAGGAAGAAUGGCAAGAGAAAAUUAAUAUUUGUGAAACAGCAAAAAGCGAAAUUAUGAAGUUAUUAGAGCCUAUUAAAGAUCCAAAUUUCUUAAAUCACCUAAAGAAACAUUUAGAAAGACGUAAGAAAAAAAGAUUACGAGAACGAAUUAAAAAAGAAAAAUGGAAACAUGAAAAAGUAAUGAGAGCAGAAAGAAGAGCGAGAUUACAUGCACAGAUUGAUUCAUGGAUUAGAAAAGAACAAGCUGUAAUAGAGAAGGAGAAGCAGGAAGAAAAUUUACGUAAAGAUGCAGAUAUGAUCUUAUCUGAUAUUAGAGGGAAACGAAAUGAUGCAAGGAAAUACCUUGGAUUGUUACAAGAUUUAAAAAAUUUGAGAAACAUUAAAACCAAUAUUGCCAGAGCGAGGGGAGAACAUUUAUCUUCAGUAGCUGAUGAAGCAUUUAAUAAUAUCAUAGCAAAGUUAACAGAACAAUGGUCAGCACUUGAUAGAGAAUAUUCGAUAGAAGAACAAGGUUUAAAAUUGAUGUUAAAAACUGAUAAUGAAGAAAGAAUUGAGAAACAAAAGAAAAAUGUAUUUGAUGAGUGGGAAAAUGUACUUUUUGGGAGAAAUAUGUUAACAAAUGAUCAAUAUGAUAUUGAUUUAGCUAAUUUUAUUAGUGUGAGAACUGCUUGGGACAAAUACAUAAGUACAGAUGGUGAUGCAUCAUCAAUUCCACUUGGAUGGGUAAUGCCUGAUAAACCUUCUUCUGCUGCCUGGCAAAAGUGUCUCAAAAAAGAAAUACCAUGAAGUGAACCAAUAAAUUGUAAUUUAGGGACAUAAUUAUACUUUAAUAGACGCCUUAAUAAUUUCUAUUGUAUGCACAUACUGUAUGUAAUGUAAUUUAGGAAAUGUGAAAAACUUCUCUGGUCUAUUGCAUAUUAUCUUUUUAAUGUUUAUACUCAAUUUUUAUUAUCUUAUCAUUUAGAGAAUCUAGCGAAUGAAAAUACAUGAUACAUGAUAUUUUAAUUUCAUUAAAAAUAUAUGAAAAAUA